UGGGCUGUUGGUAACCCAUCCAUCCUUGAUCCGUCCUUCCUGCCCUGCCUGCAGCCUUCAUUAUUCAUUAUCCUCGUAUUGCAUGUGACAAUCCUAGCCAGUACCCCCCAAUUGGUCCCACAACGUGUCCUCACUGGCCUCAGACCCCAUAGCCUCGACGGACGCAUUGCUGCGUGUGCGAACGACGACCAACGACCGCAUCCUAGUAGGACACUGAGCCAUCCAUGCCUUUAUGCCCCUGAUUUCCUGUCGAAGGCCGGCCCAGCCUUCCCCGCGGGCGAUGGACGUGUGAACCCGGCCGGUGAUUGAUUGUUUGGCAUAUCAUUGUUUCACCACACCUCUGGCUGGGCGCCACAUAUUCUGGAGGAGGAUGCGUGUGUUCAGUCACUGUCCAUGGGUGGGUGGGCAUGCAACAUGGUUUGGCCUGAUCGCCGGGAGAUGGGUGGGAGCCCCCGGGUUCUGCGGUAUCCACUGCUGAUGCUGUUGCGACGUGGGUUGUUCGGUGCGCUCAGAGGGUUGAAGGCCGUCUAUUUUCCUGAGGCCUCCACCAUGACUAUGAAAUCCAUCAUCACCUUGGCUAACUCCAUCAUUGGGGUUAGCAUCUUGGCCAUGCCGUAUUGCUUCAAACAGUGCGGGAUUGUGUUGGCCACGUUGAUGGUGAUUUGCAGUGGUUUGAUCGUCAAAUUAUCGUGUCACAUCCUCCUGAAAUCGGCCAUUCUGGCUCGUCGAAGAAAUUAUGAACUCUUAGCCUUCCAAACUUAUGGUUCGUUGGGCAAAUUGUGCGUUGAGGUCUGCAUGAUCGGCUUCCUCAUGGGCACGUGUAUCGCAUUUUUCGUGGUCAUGGGCGAUUUGGCCCCGCCCGUAGUGGCCAAAAUCACGGGCACGGCUUCCACGGCUAAUCUGCGUUUAGUGAUCCUCAUAGCUUUGGGCAUUUUUGUCACUUUCCCGCUAUCGUUAUUGCGCAAUGUGGAAAGUUUGAGUGGUCUGUGUACGGUCUCGAUUGGAUUUUAUUGCUUCGUGUUGUCCCACAUUGUGAUCGCAUCCUGGCCCAGUCUCAUGCAUGGGUCUUGGACCCACCUAGUCAACCUGUGGCGACCCGCGGGUAUCUUCCAAUGUCUGCCCAUCUUCUGCACAGCUCUCUCAUGUCAACCGCAAAUCUUCGAGAUCUACGAUGCUCUUCCCGAUCCUUCAUUAGCAACUAUGAAUGAUAUCGUGAAAGGAGCCGUGAAUCUUUGCUCUGGGUGCUAUAUAUGUGUUGGUAUAUUCGGAUACAUUGCAUUUGCCGCCGUGGAAGUUGGAGGUAAUGUCCUGACGGCAUUUUCGUCCUCUGUGAUAGUCGAGUCGAUCAAAAUCGGCUUCGUCCUCUCAGUGGCUGUCAGUUUCCCAUUGGUUAUUUUCCCAUGCCGAUCUUCCCUUCAUUCUCUGAUUUACAGAAAGAGCAAAAGUCUACCGAAGGUCGAGAAUGAUGUUUUAAUUUCGGAUAAUGACGCCGAUCCCUUGUUGAAUAGGGGCUCAAAUCCCAACGAUUCGAUGGUGUCCAAUUACAUCCCUCCGGAUCGAUUCAAUCUGAUGACUGCCAUUAUUCUGGGUAUCACCCUUACGAUGGGAAUCAUGAUUCCAGACAUCGAAUUUGUUCUUGGCUUGGUCGGAUCGACCAUUGGGUGUGUUAUUUGCACAAUUUUCCCAGCCCUUAUUUUCAUGAAAUUGACCACUAAGAACACGACAGAGAGGAUCGCAGCCCAAUUUUGCUUCGUGGUGGGGAUCUGCAUUUUGGUUUUGGGCACUUAUGUCAACUUACAGGAGGCAAACAAAGCUCCUGAUAUCGAAACUAAAUUGGCUCACCAGGAAGAGAUCUUGAACAAUAUUGUGAGCCAGCCACCUUUGCCGAAACCAGCCAAUGCAAGUGGUGGUGAUGAAGUUGAAGCAGACAAGGUGAAAAUCGACAAACCCUCGAUCCAAGUGAAAGAUGAGAAUCUUGGCCCGAAAAGAAUAGAGCCCAAAGAGCCGGAAGCUCCUCGCGAAGAUUACGCAGACAAACCAAAAGCUGAAAGUGAAGUGAAAUCUGUGAGGUCCAAUAAUGUGACCAAAGACAGUACAAUGAAGGCUUUACCCGCCUUGGAGACACUGAAGCAAGAGUUAAAGGUGAAUAAGACUUUGGAGGCCGUGAAAGAUGUAGAGGAGAAAAUAAAAUGGCAUGAUCAACAAGAGAAAGCAGACAAGUUGAUUGAGGAGCUGGAGAAACAGAAAGAGGAGCAAAAAGAGAUCCUUGAGGAGCAAAAAGAGGUGCUCAAACAAAUGAAAGAACAAAUGCUGCCGGCCAUGGAGGGUGCUCCCAAUGUUCCAAGGCAGGAUCAAGCCGUAAAUUCUAAUCAAGAGCCAGAAAAAAGCGGCCAAAACCAGGCUCCAAACGGAGGACAAUUUCAUCAAGAGGUCCUUAACAAUGUCAAUGUGCCCAAGAAUGGACUAAAUAUCCCUCUUAAAAACGUCGAAGUCAACCAACAGCCAAACGUUCCAAUAAACGAAGGCCAACCUUCGGAUCAUAACAAGCGGGUUUUUAAUCAAGUGAAUGUGCAAUUGGAUCAGCUACAAAAAGAAGUGCCAUCAAAGGAAGAGCAGAAUGUUCCACCAAAUCAAGACCCUGGAUCACAUCAAAAGAACUCAAGAAUUGGAGACCGACCUGUGGUACAAGAAAAUGUGCCUCUGAACCAAGGUCAAGUUCUAGCAAAUCAAGACCAGAAUUGGCCACAAAACCCUAGUUUGGGCCAGCUAAGAGUGGAAAAGAGUAACAAGCCUUUGGUGCAAGAGAGUGUUAACUUGAACCAAGGAAGAAUUCCAGUCAACCAAGAACAGAUGCCAUCCCAAAAUUUCGUCCGCGAGAAUCAGGCGCACAUUGAACAGCAGCAACCUAAUGAUCAAAAUCACCAGCCUCUAAAUCAACCAAAUGCCUUGCCCAACAUUCCAGUCGCUCUUAAUAACCAAGGUGAUUCAGAAUGGGAAGGCCAUCCCAAGGAGGCCGAUCUGUCGAAUCAUGAACACCCGUCAAAUGGCGUUAUCGGUAAUGCUCCUUCGGACCUAAAUUCCAAACUACGGGCGCCCAUUGAAGCUGGCCGCCCACUUCGAAGAAGCAACAAGAAAUUAGGUGGUCAAAAUGGAGGCGAUUCUUCGUCCAAUCAAAAAGCAGUGAAUGACAAGUUACCCAAUGUUAGAAGUAAAUUUUCGCCCUCAUCUGACUUAGCGAAAGAUGUACCUAGCGACCAAGUUGUUCCAGUCGAAGGCGUUGCCAGAGAUUUAAAGGAAAUUCGCGCCGAAACUUGAACUGUGAUUGCCCCAUGUAACUUGAUAAACACCCCACGUCCCUCACCCCACCCACAUUGUGGUUUAUGAGACCCUAAUCAGUGAAUGAAUCGUGACAGAUAAUGGCUAUGAAUUAUUGUGUUGGUAAUUUGGUGCACAAAAGCUUGAUGAAUUUCCAUUAGAGCAUUAUAAGUGAGAUCCUUAAGCAAAAAUUGAUAUCAAUGGUAUCGACACCCUCUAACGUUAGUUACGUCGUUACCUUUUGCUUCGAAUGUACCUCGUGGUAACAACGAUAUAUUCGGAGAAAAUUCCAGGGUUCAGCCCAUAAAGCAAUAAAGGGAGGGGCAACAGUCCAAUGUUAUGUUUGAACCGAAAACGACCCAAAAAGCUUCCAACCUUUUUCCGGCCAUGGUAAAUCGUAUUUUGUUUUGAUUGUAUGUAUAGGAGAUUUCGUUCCAAGCAAUCAAGACUUCUUACUUGAUAUACUAGGGAAGGUGUGGAAUCAAGUGCUUCGUGGCAUUUUGACUUCCUUGGAUGAGCCGAAUGAAUACAAUAAGCUUUUGGCCUGAGAUUACCAACUCAUCUACAUGUGACAGUUGUGUGCGGUUCAUCACUAAUUCAGGUUUUAUUUACCCGGUAUUUCAUGUUCCUGACGUCGGCUUGCCUCAUCAUGGCUACAACCCGUUGUCUGAACAUGUUUCAUAUUUCUUACUUAUUACAUUAAAGAGACUUUUAUUAAUUGUU